GUGGCGCUUAAGUUUGUAUGCGCCAUCAUCCAAAAUUUUCAGAAGAUUGCUUAUAGUUAAAAGUAUCUUUCGUUCUGGGUAAUUGUUGCAGUUAAGUUAUGGAUUAAGAAGAUGAGAAUUUGAAACAUUUGGUAGUGAAUAUCUCUCAAAAAAUGGCCCAGGCUGGUGAACCAGCAGUGAAUGUGAGUGAAGAUGAUGAAAGUGAUAAGGAGGCUGCCAUGGUUCAAGUUAAACCCUUGGAUGUGUGUGGUAGAGAUAAUCGACUCUUACUUAGACAGGAAAAACGAAUCUUUGAGGAGAAUCAAGAUAAUGAACUAAAAGCUCUUGGGCUGUAUGAAGAAGGAAUGACAGUAGACCAGAAACGAGAAUUAUUGUGUGUGAUAGCCGCUUCCAAAGAAACAGCUGAAGAGGAAGAAAGAAAACGCAAAGAAUCAAGACAAUGUGGAAGUAGUGAUUUCUUUGAAGUUGAUCAGGAGAAAUCAUUUCCUAGAAUCAAAGAACAAGGAAGAUUUAGCUGUUUUCAUACGCUGUCUAAUUCUCCUGAUGGAAGCACUUUGAGUCCUGAUUCCGAUGCUAGAAUAAAUAACAUUUGUUUGGACUGUGUAGAUAGAACAACAGAGCCAUAUUCAUUUGAAAAUGAUGAAGUAAACCACCCAUCUCAAGGAUCUCAAGAUUUGUUUUCUUCACAAUCAGAAAGAGGAAAUCAGCUCUUGGAAGAAAACCAAGGAAAUAGGCAAUUAGGUCAAACUAUUUUGGAGGAAAAACUGAAAUCAAGUCGGGUAUCAAGUUUAGAACUACAGAAAUUAAGACAGGGGAUAGAAAAGAAUGAUAAUUCUCAAUCCAGUGGAGCAUCUGAUGAAACCGAGCCAUUUGUUAAUAGCCCAUCUCUAUCUUUAGAGGCAGCAAGUCCACAGUCUAAGUUACUGAUGGAAAAUAACAUACAAGUAUGGCCACCUUCACCUGAAGCAGUGCCACCUUUACAAUGUAGAAAACGAAGAGCUGAAAGUUUUAGCCUUUACACUGUGCCUUAUUUCUGCCCACCAAACUGUGAUCCUGUCCAACACACUCAACAAAUUUUACAGGCUAUGGAGAGCUACUAUCACCAUUUAGCUAAGGUUCAACGCUUCUCUUUGUUUCAUAGGCCUUGGGGCCAACCUAUUUGUGUAGGGAGACAUCUACCAGGCACAUUAGAUCUUUAUAAGCGAAAGGGUGUUUCCCAGGGAGAAGAUGACAACAAGUCUAUUCCAAAACCUUUAAAGAAAAGAUUUAUUGCAGAGUCUGAUGAUGAUGAGCACUCAGAAGAGCUUCCUAGCCUUCAAGUUGAUUGUCAAACAGUUAUAGACAGUCGAGAAGAUACAUCUUUUCUUGCACUGAAAAGAAAAUUGCGUUCCAGCACAAAUUCUGUUGUUAUUACAGCCGAAAAUUGUGAUGAAAACUUGACACAUGAUAACCAUCUAGUAAACUAUAGAAAUAAGACAGUUAAGAAUAGAACAUCUAUCAUGUCAGAAGAAGCUCCACCAAAACAAACAUCCCAGCAGCUGUCUCGAAAGAAGAAAGGUGAUGUGGAUGGUAAUGGAGAAGAGUGGUUGGAAGCCAGCAAAAAACCAAAGGCAUCACAAAUGUCUAAGGGACCAAGGAAGAGUAAAUUAAAUGUAGAGAAAGAGAAAUAUAUUAGACAGAAAAAAAUUGGUAAACUAGAAUCAUUGGAGAUCAUUUGUGAAAUUAACAAUGACCUUGAAACAAAUGAAAAAUUGAAUUCCUGCCUCGACCCUGAAGUAAAUAUGGUUCAAAAAGAAGAAAAUAAGGUCCUCUGUGAUAACCUCUGUAUUCCCUCCAGUACUCAAGGAUCUGGACUUGGUAAGAACAUAAAUGAGGUUCUGUUAACUUCUUUAGAUAAAAAAAGUAAAACCUUUGAAAUCCAACAUCUUUCUCCUAAUAUUUUGGAAAAUCCUAGCCACGAACCUACAUCAUUUGUAGAAUCAGAAAGUGAGAGACUGGUAAUUCCAGAAAGUCCUCCAGAAGAAAAACCCCAUUCAACAAAAAAAAAGAUUCAACUAUCUAUAGACAAAAAUAAAACUGCAAAUACAAGUUACAAUGAAUCAACUGUUCUUCUACCCCAAAUUAAACAUUCUUUUGACAAAGUGUCUGUUCCUGUAGUAACAAAUAAUUCUGUUUUCAAGAAGGAAGCUCAUAGUGAGUCUGCUAUAGAAGAUGAACAAGUAUUUUGUAUUUCCAAAAGCCCAUUUGAUAACUUACUUGGAGAAGGUGAAGAAAACACAAGAAAGUAAUUUUAUGAGCAAUUUUAAAAUGAGGUUAUUAGAUGGUGUUCCUUUUGAGAAACAUGUAGAAAUUGACCAAGAAGCUCUCAUUAUAAACCCAACUGCCUACUUACCAACAGUACAGUGACACUCUGAGCACAUUCUUUAAACCUAUCAUUACAUCUGAGUGGACUGAGAAGUUAAACUGUACUCUAAACUUCAUUUGCAAUCCUUCUGCAACAGUUAAGGAUAUUUUUUAUCAAAAUGUUACAAUUAAAUUGUAAACAACAUUUUAGUGAAAUAUCAAGGUUGGAAGACUCGCUAUAUACUAGGAAAGAUACAUUUGGUUACUAGGAGGAGUAAGGUAUUUGUUUAUGAAGAGUGGAACAAAGAUCUAACAACAGGCUGCUAGAAGAGAAGAAGGAAUAUACUCUGUUAUGAAGAGUGGAACAAAGAUCUGACAACAGGCUUCUAGGAGAGAAGGAGAAAUAUACUCUGUUGUGAAGAGUGGAAACAAAAUCUAACAGACUUCUAGGAGAGGAGGAGGGAUAUAUCUGGUUGCAAAGAAUGGAAAGAUCUAACAAUAAGCUUUUAGGAGAGGAUGAAUAUACUUGGUUGUGAAGAGUGGAAACAAGAUCUAACAACAGUCUUCUAGAUGAGGAGGAGGGAUAUAUUUGGUUGUGAAGAGUGGAAAAAAUAUUUAACACUUGAUUAUUAGAUCAUGCUGUUGGUAACUAAUUAUUAUUCACUAGUUGCUGUCAAGCAGAAGUAUAUUUAUGGUAACUGUACUAUGAAUUGCUAAUUAGUGGUGUUCAGAAAAUCUGUUGUUUGAGGUUUGUUAGUUAGUUGGAGAUAUGUGAAGAACGUUUUUAUGUAAAUUGUAUUAAAUAGAAGUUACAAAUUUUCCA